AUGUCCUCUUCUGACAACCCCAUUGCAAACAUGUCUACCUGUGUUCUUGUUACCGGUGCCACUGGCCUUUUGGGCCGCCAGGUCUUCAAUACUUUCAAGCACUCCGGAUGCCUCGUCGUCGGCCAAGGCUACUCACGAGCCAUCCCACCCACGAUACAGAAGGCUGACUUGGAGAACCCCGAUGCGAUCAAAGCUCUCCUUGACGAGGCGAAGCCUCAGAUCGUUGUCCACUGUGCCGCCAACCGGUCUCCCGACUUGUGCGACAAGAACCCUGAGCAAGCGCGUCGAGUCAACGUUGACGCCACCCGCGUUCUCGCCGAGGAAACGUCGCGCCGUAGUAUCCUGCUCAUCUACAUCUCGACCGACUACGUUUUCCCCGGAAUUGAGGGGGAAGCCCCGUACGAGGCCGAUGCGGAGACCAAUCCGCCCAAUAUGUAUGGCCGGUUGAAGCGGGAUGGUGAGCUGGCAGUACUGGAGGCUACGAAAGAGACUGGUCUUGGGCUGAUCCUUCGCGUGCCCGUACUGUACGGAGUGGCCAAGGACAACUCAGAGAGCGCCGUCAACACUUUAAUUGAUGCGGUGUACAAAGCACAAGAUGAGAAUGCGGGGAUCAAGAUGGACGACUGGGCACAGCGGUACCCGACCAACACGGAGGACGUCGCUCGGGUGUGCCGUGACAUUGUAAUUAAGUAUAUCAAGGAACGUCGUCGCAUCCAAGAGCUGCCCAAGAUCUUGCAGUUCUCGUCCGAGGAUCGGAUGACCAAGUACGAAAUCUGUGAGAAGCUAGCGGAUGUGCUCGGACUGUCCCUGGUAGGGAUGAUCAGGAACAAGGAGGGGAAUGACCCCAACUCGGCCGUGCAGCGUCCCUACGACGUGCAUCUGUCCACUAAGGUGCUGAAGGAUCUGGGGAUUGAAGUUCGGACUGUGGACUUUGUGGCAUGGUGGCGGAAGUACCUAGGAGCGUACAAGAAAUGA